ACCGGUGGAUGGACAGUUUAUAAAUCCGUGAAAGCCUAGUUAAGCCCUAAAAAUCCACUCAGAGCAAGGAGGAAUCGUACGCAAAUUUGCCUCUUUUCCUUUCCAUCUUUAGACGAGCAAAGGAUGUUGCAUCUCGUACUUCCAUGUCUGCUGUUGAUCUCCAACUUCGUACAAUCACAAUCAGCCAUCAUCGAGAGCCUACCGGGUUUCCCCGAAGAUCUUCCCUUCAAACUCGAAACUGGAUAUGUAGGGGUAGGAGAGUUGGAGGAAGUGCAGCUAUUUUACUACUUCAUCGAGUCCGAGAGGAGCCCCAAGGACGACCCUUUGUUGCUUUGGCUUACCGGUGGUCCCGGUUGCUCCGCUUUGUCCGGCCUUCUCUACGAAAUAGGUCCGUUACAAUUUGAUUAUUCAAAUUCCAGCGGAAAUAGACCAGUAUUGAAGUUGAAUCCCUACUCCUGGACAAAGAUAGCCAAUAUUAUAUUUUUGGAUGCACCUGUGGGUACUGGAUUUUCAUAUGCAACGACUUGGACAGCAUACGACAAUAGUGACACAUCCUCAGCAGCACAAACAUAUGAGUUUUUAAGAAAGUGGCUUAUGGCUCACCCCAAAUUCCUCACAAAUCCGCUUUACAUCACUGGUGAUUCUUAUUCUGGUGUUAUUGUCCCCAUUAUCGUUAAGGAAGUAUACGAUGGAAAUGAAGCUGGACGUGAGCCGCCAAUGAAUCUCAAAGGCUAUGUACUAGGCAAUCCGGUGACUUGUGAAGUAAAGGACAUCAGUCAAAGAAUUCCGUACGGUCACAAGACGGCUCUCAUAUCAGAUGAACUUUACGAGGCAACGACAACGGAUUGCAAUGGAGAUUAUGUGAAUGUCGAUCCCACCAACGGAGCUUGUCUAACUGAUCUUGAAAUGGUGUCACUAUGCCUUGAGAAGAUAUAUUUGGCUCAAAUAUUGGAACCCAUGUGUAGUUUCUUAUCUCCUAACCACACGAAGCUAAAAUGGAGCAGAAGUAUACUCGAAGAGAAUAUCAUCAACGUCGUUUCAAUGCCUCUACAAUCCAGGCCAUGGUGUCGGAACUAUAACUACCUAUACUCCUACAUUUGGGCUAAUGAUAGGAAUGUCCAAGAAGCCCUUCACAUUCGAGAGGGCACGAAGCCAGAGUGGGAUAGAUGCAAUGAGAGUUUGUCUUACACCAAGGAUGUUCUUAAUAGUGUGGUCUAUCAUAGAUACCUCUCUAAGACAUCCCUCCGUGCCCUAAUUUAUAGUGGUGAUCAUGACUUGGCUAUCCCAUACAUUGGUACACUAGAUUGGAUAAGAUCACUCAAUUUGACUUUACUUGGUCCGUGGGCACCUUGGUUUGUCAAUGGUCAAGUGGCCGGAUACUCCAUAUUAUAUUCGGAGAAUAAUAAAUACGAUUUGACAUAUACAACAAUCAAGGGAGGGGGGCACACAGCUCCGGAGUAUAAACCCAAGGAAUGUUUUUCAAUGGUGGAUAGAUGGUUCUCUUAUUACCCUCUUUAGGCUCAUUUCAAUUGGCCUCUGGGUUGAUGAAGCAACCCAAAUUUGUCACCCAAUAAUAAUGUGGUCGUGUCCUGUCACGUCAUCCUUUUUUGUGUGAGGAGUUUUGGCUCUUGAGGUCAAUAAAUAUCCUUGCAGUUGAAAAGCUAUUUCCAUCUGAAAAGGUGUUUUAGUAAAAGAAUUACAUUCACGGGUUGUAAUGCAUCCAUUAUCGAUGGAAGAAACUUAUUGGCUCGUUA